AUGUCGUCUGCAAAACAGCGGGAACAGAUUCGCAGAACGCGGUCCAGGCCUAUCAUUUCUUACGCUGAAUCAUCGAGCAGCAAGUCGGAUAGUGAGAUUGAUGCUGAAGAAUCGGAAUCUGAAUUAGAUAUUAAAACACGCCAACGCCCACUCCGUACCUCCUCUCGCUCGCAGAAAUGUGCGCCUCCACGCAAACGAAUAAUCGUCAAUAGACACAAGUCCAAAUCCAUCCGCAAUCAGCGCAGACGUACUAAACGAAGACGAACUUUGGAUACUCUUCCUAAAACACCAGCUACCCAGCCAACAGAAUCUUUUCUAGGUUCUGGUGUCAUACCGCCCUGGCAAACUCUUCCAUACUACAUUUUUAUUCGUAUAUUUCAGUUUGCAUCAUACCCAUUAUACGAGGAAAAUACCUUUCAACCAUUGCCUUCGACAAGAUGGUUACUCCGAAUUGCUCAAAUGUGCCGUGCAUUUUCCGAACCAGCAAUAACCGUCUUAUAUUCUUCACCACCCCUAGUACCUAUGGUUCAAGCGCAUAUGUUAGUUGACUUAUUGAAAAUGAAUCCAAAGCAGCUGGCUUUCAAGUAUCGACAGAAAGUAGUCUCACUUCGAAUCGAAGUUAGCCAAGUUGCUACCUACAUACUCAGAAAAAGUGGAUACGUAGAUCUUUAUGGUCUUGUGCGGGAUCUUCCUAGACUAUUAGAUUUGGAAUUCUACCAUCAGAAGGAUAUGUCACCCUACCGAGAUCUUGAUGUAACGAUCAAGUGGAAUUAUCCCGACUCAGUUUUUGAGGCCCUGGAAUUCAUCGAUCCAACCGCAAAUAUUCAAAAAGGAGACAAGACUAGCAUAUGUAAGCUUCGAAGUUGGCGAUGGUCUUCAAGGCUAGCCGGGAAAAAAUGGUCAAUUGAGAAACUUGUAAAAGUACAUCUCAAACCAACCUUUGCGUGUCUACGCAGACUUGCUUUCGUGAACUAUCAAAUACCUAAUCUCAGGGAUGAUGAAGAAGACCCAAAUCAUGAAAAACAUUUGGCAGAAUCUUUACGUGUCUUACAAGAUUUAGAGAGUCUAACCUUUGAGUCUUCAACUUUAGUUAAUUCCAAAUUGUUGCCACUUCUACCUCAAAACCUUCGCGAAUUACAGCUUAUAAAUUGCUGGGAAGUUACUUCUGAGGAUUUUGCGGACUUUCUAAUAACUCACGGCCAAAACUUACACUCUCUCACUCUCGACCACAAUCAAUCCCUAAACCUUGCCUUUCUAACCGUCCUUGGGAAUGCUUGUCCGAGUCUACAGAUUUUUCGGAUGAAUAUGACAUACUUUAAUAUACAUACUAGUUAUCGAGAUUGUGAACCAAUAUACGACCAUCUGCUUCUCCCGGAUCAAGUUCCCGUAUGGCCUACUAAACUCCAAAGCAUUGAACUUAUACAACUACGUAAGUGGGAGACAAAAGCUGCAGAAAUGUUCUUUACAAGCCUUUUACAAAGUGCGACUAGUCUCUCUGACUUACGCCGUCUCUCUUUACAGGUGAUCCUCAACAUUGGCUGGCGAGAUCGAGCGAAUUUCCGAGAUAAGUGGGUAGGUCUUCUCAACCAAGUGUUCAAGCGCAUCUCAUCAUCACCCUUGCCUCACCAUACGAUUCACCCAGUUACAGCAAGAUUAGAUGAAUCGGAACUGAAGUGUUUAUCUUCCACACAAAUCAAUUCUGGCUCACGCCUCAGUCAUAGCCCAAAUUCUCCAGUGAAUUGUCCGGUGAAUAACUAUCAAGACGAAGCUCCGCGGCGCUCCCGUCGGGCUAUGGUACGCGCCAUUCCCCAUGGCCGAUACGUCGAGUCAUCGUCAUCGAACCUCUCAGAAUCAGACGAAGUCUCCCACAAACAUAGUACAGUCUUUCAGCCACCUACUACUACGAAAAUGCACGCACGUCUGGUUCGCGAACUUAAUAUCCUGAAAGCUACGGGUGGUAUCGAACUCCCUCCCCUCACUUCCUCACCGCCCGGAUCGCCCUUUGACCUGAACUCUACUAUUUGCUCCAUUACGGCCCACCAGAACCAAGCGACGCCUAUCUCAAUUCAUGCUAUGUGUGAUUCCGUCGAAAUCAGGAUUGAUAAUUUACGCCCUGCUGAAACACAAGUAACCGAAGCCGACUUUCUCGAUGAAGAACCUAGUGGUGAUGAGGAUUGGAACUCUACAGGGGAAUAG